CGCAAGGAGCACCACAAGAAAUGGCUCGAAAAAACAUGGGACGAACGUGUACGGCAAGCAGCAUUGGAACUGCAAACACAGUCAGAAGACCAUGUAAGACCCAGACGACGAAGGUUCUCUGUAGAAAGCGGAUCUAGAGAAAAAUCUAAAGAGGGUUCAAAGGAAGCAUUACAUCAAAAAGGUUCUAAUGAGAAAGUUGGCUCGAAAGAAGCAGGUUCCAAAGAGAAAGUUGGGUCCAAGGAAGCAGGUUCACAAGAAAGAUUCGGCUCGAACGAAAAGAAAGGUUCCAAAGAAGGUGGCGGAGAUGAUCCAUUUGGAGAAUUCGUUUCAAAAAUUGGAAAUAUGAAUCAGCCACACGGACGGCAAGUGGGCGGUGGUUAUCCAUGUUUCAUGUGA